AAGCCUCGACGUCCCAGCAUCCCGCUUUGCCGCAGUCCUUCCGGUGUGGACGCCAUUAUCCGCAAAAAUGGCAAUCAGGUAUCCUAUGGCAGUUGGCCUGCACAAAGGCCACCCUAUCACCAAGAAUGAGAGAACCCCAAGGCAGUGUCGCAGACGCGGGCGGCUGACCAAGCACACCAAGUUUAUCCGAGAUCUGAUCCGUGAGGUCUGCGGUUUUGCCCCUUACGAGAAACGUGCAAUGGAAUUGCUGAAGGUCUCUAAAGAUAAGCGUGCACUCAAAUUCAUUAAAAAGAGGGUUGGGACUCAUAUUCGGGCCAAGAGGAAGAGGGAAGAACUCAGCAAUGUAUUGGCAGCAAUGAGAAAGGCAGCAGCAAAGAAAGAUUAAUCUGUACCAAGUUGUUACCAAUAAAAUCCAUUUGUAAAG